ACAGGGCUAGAGCGGACCAGAUCGUGCUGCGCCAAUGCAAGAAGAAGGCCCGCCAGAUGCAGUACGAGGUGCGCUAUGUGGCCAUCUCCACAUACUACCACGACGUUCUUGUUGUGAAGAUGACCAAGGAAGAAGCGCGGAGGAUGGGCAUUACCUUGGAGAGGCCCGAGUUCUUGGCGGUGUGUCCAAAUUGGUGUUAUGGAAAAGACGAGUCCUGGGCGGCAUUGGUGGAUCUUUGGUGUGAUGAGGAUGGAGCUUGGGCGGCUAUGAGAACCAAAAAUAAGGCUAACCGAGGGACGGAGGGAGUACAUGCUCAGGGAAACCGAAACCACUAUCUCCACAAGGCAGUUAAUGAGGAGAAACUGAAGCGGCCGCUCUAACACAUGCAGGCGUGGGAGAUCGCCCAUACGCGGAAGGACCCCAAGCCUGGCGAGCCCAAGUACUACGGC